AUGUCCGUACCUUUCAAGUAUAGACAGCAUAUUCGUGACUUGCACGACUCCUUCCAUGACGGCAAGCCCAUCUCUGAGGAGGAACUCAUGGGCGUCAUGAACAUCAUUGCUGCCGACGAGCAUCAGGCCCUUGUCGAGUCUUAUCGGACCCAGUGCCCGCUGGGCUCCAACGGUUUUCUAUCCCUUAUGUAUGAACUACAGAAGGCAUCAAAGAUUCCGUACGACGAGCUGGUGUGGAAUUACAUCCGGGGAUCCCUCAAGAAGGGUAUUUUCAACGGUGAAGACCGCACUGAGCUCAAGGCCCUGCGUUCCACGCUUGACCCUAUGAUGCGUGCGGCACACAUGGACGUCCCAACUCUCUACAAGAAACAUGCCCCACCCGACGAUGAGGGCCGCAUCAGCAUUGACCAGCUUUGUGACGUGUUUCGCGCGCUCUACCCGGCGAACCAAGUUGUUUAUCUGGAGAUGUACAAGUGGGCACGGGCAACUAAAAUACCGAAAGGUCGGGGCGGCGUCAUUGAACGUGCCAAGACGUUUGAGGACGUGCAGCCCUCCAAUGCGGCUCCCGUCUUACCGGUCGUACCAGCAGCGCCAUCAGCAGCGGUUACAGCUGCGUCACUAAAGCCUGAGCCUAAGGAAACCGUCUCAAUUGAGGCGUCCACAGCAGCUGUCAGCGUGACUGCGGCGGGUGACGCCUCUAAGGCGGCUGAACUCCAGCAGAAGGUUUUGCAUAGUCAUGUGGCUGCCGAAGAAGGAUCACAGGUGGAAUCAAAGCAUGCUUCACAGGUUAGUGGCACGAGUCCAAAUGCAUCAGGUGAAGACCUGCCCGCGGACGACUUAAACGAACCAGAAAAGCCCUAUAGAGAGGUUAAGCAGCCGGCAGAUGGUAAACAACUUUCUGACGACGGUGCGACCGUCCUCCUCCCCAUUACAACAGCGUCGACGGUCCCACCAAGUCCCAAGGCAGAGAGAGAGGUGGAGACAACUGCGGUGAAGGAGGCACGGACAGACGUCCAACUCGCCUCAUUUGUGGUCUCCGAAGGGAAUGAAGAAAAGGAGACGCUAGCCCCUACUACCCUGGCUACCGCGGAAGCUCCGCUCCCUUCCUGCAACUCCCAUGAUAAGGAAGAGUUUGAGGAGGGGAAAGGCGUGCCCAUAACUUUGAAAGCUGCGGAGGUGCCCUCUGUUUUGCGCACCCCCACAGGCUUUUUCUCGUCUUGUAAUCUUCCUCCAGCGGUCCAGUUGGAGCGGCGUCCUGGGCUCAAUUUUAAUCCUCCCCGUAUUCGUGACAUGGAGCCACCUGACCGGAAACAAAAAAACCCCACGGACGGAGAAAAAACUUUGUCGCCACCACCGAGGCUGCGAGGUUACGAGGAAUUUCCUUCAUGGGAAUAUGAGGAGGCCCUGCUGAAUGCCAUUUUGUCUCGUGUUGUCCCAGGAAAGCCGGUGGAUCCGCAGGUGGUGGAGUAUCUUAGGGAACUUGCAAGACAGGAGGAGGAGCUUAAGUCCGCUUUGCGUGACGAGAUGGAAAACUUGACAUCAAACAUGUUGGCCUGCGAAGUUGUCGAACAACGAAUGCUACUGCUGCGUUCGCAGAGGCAGGCGCAGUGCUUUGCGCGGAUGGAGUCGCGACGGUGGAGACUGCUGGAGGAUAUGGAAACAUAUUUGUCACGGGUGCGGAAAAUACACGAGCAGAAUAAGGCUCUACUCGCUGGUGGUGAAGGGAGGGGCGCGACGUCGUCCAGGAAGGAUGGUCGUUCCUUUCCCCACGACGAUGCUACCUUUUCUCACACACGACAGAGGUCCAGGGAUGCUGUGUCAAUGUUCGCCCCACCGCCGCCACUGUUGUCGGCAGAGCGCCAAGGUUGCGGUUUGCAUCACGAGUGCCGCCUGGGAGAAAAACUUCAAAGUAUGCAGAACGAUCCCCCCGCGGCGACGUGGACGUCGAACGUGUGGCCGCCGCAGGAGUUAAGCCCUCCUUUACACCGGCUUUCCUCAGGUAUGGAGAGAGAGCAGCUCCAGCGCAGGUUCACCUUCUGCCCGUUAGGCAGCACCCCGCAGCGACAGUCUGUACAAGUUGUGCACAGUCGUCUCGGUCAACACCAGCUUCCCCACCAACUUCCAUCACGGCUUUCUGAUGAGGAGGACCUCACUAUUCCCGCGAACUCUGGCAUGCAGUCGUUGCACUCGCCGUUGCCCCGGCAACCUGCUAGCCGGGGCGUCAAUCCAUACCUCACGGCCAAGUUGGCGGCUAACAUGUUGACAAGUUCGCCGUUGCAGCGGAAAGUUGAGGAGCGUCUGGCAGUGCGUUUGUCAAGGGCUUCUCAACCCUUUUAG